AUGACAGCACCCGCUAAAUCGUCACGAUGGGGUUCGUUCCUCCAGCAGGCCGUUGCUGGCGUUGAGGCCCGCCUCGAUAACAUCCUGGCGGAGGGCGAGAAUGGCUCCCUCCAACAGCCAGGACAAUCCCCUCAGCGCCCUGCCACUCCUUCCAGAGGAGAGCCGCAGCAGAUUGGGCCAUCCCGAUCCUCAACCAGCAGCCGCACGAAUGACCGCCUACAAGAGCGCUUGGCGAAAGCCAUGGCAUCCAAGAACCCUCAGUCCGCAGAUGCUCGCAGCGCCACGUCAGAUUCUCACAGUGCUAGAUUGAGCGUUGAGAGCGCGCGUUGCGAUACUAUUACUCCUCAGAGCGAGCCUACCUUCGCUUCGAAUAUCGCCUCCGCCGCUCUCCCUGCCGCUCUCCAUGAGUCCAACCCGACGCAUGGAAUCAGCCGGGAAUCUGGGAUAGCAGACCAAGUUCACGACGAACUUGCUACGAUUGAAAAGUUGCAGCAGAGCCAAAGCCUGCCGAGUAUAAUACUUGGCGAAUCUGAGAGCACACUUCAGAACAACACUGCUUCUGUGAGCACUUCUGUUGGCACUUCCGCUGGACUGCCUGGAAUGCCCCUCUCCAAGCCCAGCGCAAACGGCAUUGCACACAAUUCCGGCACUAAAUGCAGCCAUUGUGUCGACCUCGAGACCCAGGUAAAGUCGCUGGAAGCUAGCUGCGAGCAAGCAGCGAAGGAGCAACAGGAAGAAAUACAUCGCCACGUUGAACAGUUCGAGGCUCUGCAGGCAAAAGUGCAAUUCUUGGCGAAAGAGGCGACUGACGUCGCUCGAAAGUCUGCUGCAGAGGCUCCGGCUGGGAGUCAGGAGCAGAAACUGGCUGAGAGAGAUGAAAAGAUUGCGCUGCUCAUGGAAGAAGGGCGAAAUUUGGCAGCCACUGAACAGAAGCACCGGACCAUCAUCAGAAAGCUUAGAUCCCAGAUUGUCAGUGAUGAAAAGGCGACAUCAGAGUUGAAAACGCGGUACGAAAAGACGACGGCGGACUUGGAAAUGUUGCGCUCAAGAGCCAGCCGGGUAGAUGAGCUCGAGCACUUGAAUCAGGAGCUGCAAAUUCGCAUUAAUGGCAUGCAGGACGACCUCAAUGCCUUGCAUGCGGGGGCGAUCGCCGAUAAAAACACAAUAGAGAAGUUGCGGGCGGAUCUUCAGAAGGCGACGGACCAGGCAAACUCAGCAUUCGCGAAAGCUAACGAAGAAGCAUUGAAUAUCGAGAAACGUCGAGCCAAGGACCUUGAAGACACGAUAGCUGCUUUGCAGGUAGAGAAGACUUUGGUUGCUGACAGAGCGAAGGCUAGCGCCGCCGAGGCGGAAGAAAAGGCUUCACGUGAGACGGAGCGAGCCCGCAUCACGGAAGUGGAGAUGAAGGCAGAGCUUCAGGUCCUGGAGGGCAAGCUGGAGGCAAUGCGUGCUUUGGCAGAGGAGGCUUCUUCUGGCGCGGUGGGCGAUUCUCAGGCGAAGCUACUGCGGCAAGUGGAAACCUUGCAGACUCAACAUGCGAUUGCUACAGAGAAUUGGCAGGGGAUCGAAGCCAGCCUGCUCGCUCGACUCGGUAAUCUAGAACGGGAGAGAGACGAUGCCUUGCGAAGGGAAUCCGAAAUGAGAAAAAAGGCUAGAGAAACCGCGACUCGAUGCAAGCGUCAAGAUGAGGAGAUACAGGAGCUUACGAACAAAUUCCCCAACUACCAGCGGGAUGCUGAGGCAUAUCAAUCUCGUAUCGAUGUUCUACAACAACGAGCAGAUGACGCCGAAGCUGCGCUUGCGCGGGCAAAACUUGACUCGGAGAAGCAACACGCGGCGUGGAAGGCAGAGAGGACCGAGUCUGAACGGAGACCAUGGCUCGAAGACCACCUCUCGAACUCAAUAUCGAGGAUGCAGAGCAGGCCAGACUCGCCUCUACUAUCUGUUCCCACCCGUACUUUGAGCAAUGAUCUACUCAUGCUACAAAGUGCCUCAGGAAAGAGCCGCAAAAUUUCAACCCCCACGAGUGGAACAGACGGUGUUCACGAAGGCUCUUCUCCAGGAAGACGAUUAUCCGCCCAUCCUCCCUCAGCGCCAUUCUUUGCAUCCGGCGCGCCGAGCCUUCCAGGUUCAGCAUUCGUCCCAUCCUUUGACUUAGCACCAGACUCGCUGCCUACGCCGACAUCGCACGCAGGCGAGAAGGACGAUCUAUUCGACGGUGUGGAGACGACCUCUUCACCAAGGCAGAUGAUGCAAGAUAUGGUGUCCGUAUCAACUGUUGGGGCGGGUCCCUCGGUCCAGCUCGUCGAGAGGAUGAGUGCCGCGAUCCGUCGACUUGAGGCUGAAAAGGUAACAUCGCGCGAGGAGCUUGCGCGAAUAUCCGGGCAGAGGGAUGAGGCAAGAGCAGAAAUAGCCACUUUAAUGAAAGAGAUGGAAUCCGGUAAGGCGGCAUCAAAACGGGUGGCUGAGCUGGAAGGCCAGGUCGAGGACAUCAAUUCCAGGUACCAAAUGACGCUAGAAGUACUAGGUGAGAAAAGUGAGCUGGUGGAGGAGCUCCGCGCUGACGUGCAAGACGUCAAGGCCAUGUAUCGCGAUUUGGUAGAGCGCACGGUCAGGUGA